GUCCCCCAUUAACUGGUCUUUAGUCUGAAAUGUGUCCCAGAAAGUAGCCUAAGUCAGAAACACACACACACAAACUCACACACACUACAACAACAACAAUACGUUAGUGUGUUGUAGGACAGCCCCUUUAGCAGAUGCCUCUUUGUCACCUAAACUCUUGAGCUCAGUGAGCUGCGUUGAUCACUCUAGAGUCUCGGGGCUUCCUUGUGCUCCUCAUUCUCCUCCUCUCACCGCGCUCCUGCAAAUCUGCACUGGUAGGAACAGAAUCUACGCACACUCAAGAGCACUCUUACGCACAAUUGAGCGCUGACAUGUUUGCGCAAAAUCAAACCCCAGCCAUGAGCUAUGACGACUCAUAUCUGCUCUUCAAGGAACUAUCCGAUCUCUAUGAAGCCAAUGACACGACUGACCCAAGUUAUGUGGUCAGCGAAACUGUCCGGCUCUGUACUAAGGAACAAGUCAACAAGUUUGGCUCAACAUUCAUCCCAUUGUUCUACUUCUCCAACUUCAUCUUGAGUUUCCUUGGCAAUGGGCUCGUCCUCUUCAUCAUCUACAAGUAUGAGAAGCUCAGUACAGUGACAAACAUCUUCCUCCUGAAUUUGGUCAUCUCCAACCUUCUCUUUGCCUCCAGUCUCCCCUUCUGGGCGACUUACCAUCUGUCUGAGUGGAUUUUUGGCAUGGCUCUGUGUAAGCUGGUCAGCAGUGCCUACUUCAUCGGCUUUUACAGCUCCAUCCUCUUCCUCACGCUCAUGACAUUUGACCGAUACCUCGCGGUGGUGCAUGCAGUGGCAGCUGCUAAAAGCAGGAAGAAGGCGUAUGCUAUUGCUGCGUCAGUGGCAGUUUGGUGCAUCAGUAUUGUAGCGAGUGUGAAAGAGCUGGUUCUCCAAAAUGUGCGGCAGACUCCAUUAAAUGGACUCGUAUGUGAGGAGUCAGGAUACCCUGAGAGCACUAUGGAGCACUGGCGUCUGGUCACUUAUUACCAACAAUUCCUGGUCUUCUUCCUCCUCCCGCUGUUCAUGGUGAUGUACUGCUACAUCAGCAUCACUGUCCGCAUCAUGUCCACCCGCAUGAAGGAGAAGUGCCGCGCCAUCAAGCUCAUAUUUAUUAUCAUCUUCACCUUCUUCGCCUGCUGGACGCCCUACAAUAUUGUCAUCCUCCUUCGAGCUAUUAACAUCUCCAGUGAGGGUGAAAAGUCGUGUUCUGACAUAGAGAGCUUGGACUAUGCCCUGUAUGUGACCCGGAACGUAGCCUAUUUGUAUUGUUGCAUUAGUCCUGUGUUUUACACAUUUGUGGGCAAGAAGUUCCAGAGCCACUUCAGAAGGCUGUUGGCCAAGAGGAUCCCUUGUCUGAAGAGACACAUGAGCCUCAGCAGCCAGAGCACCAGAAGCACGUCACAGAGGACACCACACUCUACUUAUUAGUACUAGACGCACAUGCACGCACGCAUGCACACACACGCACGCACGCACGCACACACAGACACACCCCAAUUGUACAGUCUGAAAAUGUGUUCCCAAAGGUAUCCUAAGUAACACACGCA